CCACGCGACGGUUCUUUACGACACAUCACUCGUUCCAAACACAUUCGGCUGGCAUCUCGAUAUAAUUCCAUGGAAUGAGCGAUUCGUGUUGCCACCGCACCCUUCUAUUUCGAGAAGCACGUGGUCAGCGAGGCCGCGGACCCUCGAGCCGUUAGUGUCGCCGCCGUAAUCGCAGAAAUAAAGCGGAUUCAGAAUUAAAUUUAUGGAGGUAGUAAAAAAUAUAAACAAGUUUAUUAUUAGAGUGCUGAUGGUUGAAGCUGGGUCGCAUCGCUCGGCCGUGAAUUGUCCGAUGGUGGCGAUCUACCGAAAUACCCCCGCGUACAAAGGCCGGGAGACCGCACUCGCGUCGCGCCCGACCGCACGACACAUCACGCCGCAGACCUCACUCCACUCCACACCUGUCCACGACUGCUGAGACACUUGGACACCCGUCGGCUGACAACUUAGGUACAUACAAACUCCUUGAGAAAACACGGGAAUGGCGACUACGUCAAGAAGUAGGAGAAAGCAAGAAGAUGAGAAGAAAAGCAAGAAAAGACAAUCGCCGGUCGACGAGCGGCCGGUGGUCCCCGCGCCGAGUGAAGCCAUGCUCAACAAUCUCCGCACAGCAUUCGGUCUGCUAGACCGGGACAGUGACGGGCACGUGACGCCCGAAGAGCUUCAGUUCAUGCUGCGGAACCUCGGCAUCGAGGUCAGCGACGACCUCAUCGGAGACCUCAUAAAGGACGCCAGUCGGACGGGUAACGGCCUAAUAGAUGAGAACGACUUUAUGCAGUGGGUGACAAAGAUACAGGCGAUACAAGGGAUGGACGUCGGUAACAGCGGUGGGGAUUCCGAAGAGGAAAUCACGAGGGACCUGCUCGCCGCUUUCAAAGUGUUCGACCGCGACAACAACGGCUACAUAACACGAGACGAGUUACGGAGCGCGCUCGAGAUCAUAGGCGAGCCGGUCACGGACGCGCAACUGAACCAGGUGCUCGCGCUCGGAGACAUCGACCACGAUGGCCGGAUCGACUACGAGGAAUUUGUGAAAAUGCUGUUGUAAGUUCGUGGAAGGAAGACCUCACUAGGGAUUACGGUAGAAUAUAAAGACAGCGUCAAAGCAAGCGCCGCUCGCUUCGUGCGUUAUUCGGGGUAUAUCCCAUUUGUACUAAAUACAGACAGAUGCCGUCAUAUUGGUAUUAGUUCGCAACAAGAUGGGGAUCUAUAAACGAAAUAAAAAUACAAA